UGCAUGCAUACCUAUACCAUCAUAAAACGUUUCCGCGAAUGUUAUGUUGCGCGUAUUGUUCGAAUCAUUCAUCUUUCUAGAGCGAGCACAUCGAAAGGCAUUCCGGGUUGUUAUUGCAGGGUCAAUAUACCAGAAAGCCAACAGCAAAACAGGCUUCAAAAUGCUUAGCUCAAUCAAAAAAUCCAUCUCAUCUGUGUAUCUGCUAUACGAGCUGAACACGUGCAUCUACAUGUUGGAUCCUUGGGAAAAGAAGUUCAUCAAUGGUGUCAUUUUCAGCAUCCUAGCUCUGCUGAUUUUCUCCAGCUACGUAUACCUUCCCAGUUACACCAGGAAGCUGAUCGGGGCCUUCAUGCCAAGCACCACCAGUGACCUGGGUUUGGAACUUGUCGACCAUCAUCAUUCGCAACCGCUGGAUUUCGGAAUGAACUGAUGAUCCCCCGGAAGCAAUGCACACAAAUCAAGGAACGAACGAACAAAUCUUACCUUCCAACCAACCCCUUGGACCAGAUGGAGGCGAAAUCACCCGUAACUACAACAUGGCACAAUGUGAGAAUAUUUAGUAAGUACAUAGGCAGAAGAUUUAUAAAAGCUAAACAGCAGAAGCAUUUUUCUAAAGACAUACAUUUAAUGAUUAAAUCCAUAAACCUAAGAAAAAUAUUUUAAAGACAUCACUUGAGUGAGCUUAACUACUUGUUCAUCACUUAAACUUUAAUAUUAAUCAUUUUAAUUCCAUAAGUGAGAAUAAGCAGUAAUGACACAAAAAAAUUCAAUAACGUUCCUGUUAAAAUACAAUUAUUGUUUAUUUAUUGAAUUUAAUAUAUUGAAGCUAUUUGAAACUUCGAUAAGCAAAAAUUAGUCAUUUGAUAGCAGCUUGAGCGAUUUUUUAAAACCAUUUCCUAGCCAAAAUUUGAAGAAAAAAUCGAAACGCAAUAAAGAAU